AUGCACUGUUCUCGUUGUCAUGCAUGUUACCAAAACGACCCAUCUUUUGACUUCUUUGUUUUCAGGAUCCGUACGUUGUCGAGGCAAGGAAGGGAAACGAAACUUGGAUGCAACAAACUUCAAAUCGCCGGUAUCGCAUUGAAGAAGUGGUUUUUGUGUAGUAAUGGCGGCCAUUCCAGGCUGGAUGCAUCAUGGAGAGGACGGAGGAAUAAUGUAUAA